AUGAUCACUUACAAAUUGCACUCAUUGCCCGACUACCCGGAUUCCAUUCUGCGAUUCGGAACCACAGACUCCACCUCAACCCAAAAUGGAGAGUUAGCUCAUCGGCUCGUGAAACUGCUCUACCGAAGGACAAAUAAACGUGAUCAUGUCCGGCAAAUCGCGAAACAUGAGCAUCGUCGACGUUUGAUCCCGCAACGGAAGGAACAGUCCACACCAACCAAGGCACUUCCAACACCAAUCAACAAGCUGGUCGCCGGCGGAAACUACAGUCCAGCUUGCGCCCGAAACCCCAUUCUUCCUAUGGCGCCUACGUGCCACCAGAACAACACCAUUAUAUAUCGGAUUCUCGAAGAUCCUUCUGGCGUCUUUCCGAUCUCGAGUUCGAUACAGACUCUGAUUCUGGUGGUGACGGGCCUGCUUUUGGCUCGCAUGGAGAUUGAUAAGCAAGAUGACCCCGCCUUGAAAAAUUUUGUUCUUAAUUUGAAGGCUCAUUUGCGCUGUCGCCUACUCGACUUGGAAGAGAGCGAUGACAUGCCGUUUAGCCAAGACGAUCUAAUCAAGGUUGUCAUCGAGAAGGAAUUACUCUACACUCACGCGACAAUGCGGGUGAAUUAUACGACAUACGAUGUUCGAAGGGAUCAAGACAUGUUGAACCCACGUACACGAAAGUUCUUCAUGGUUCACGCGCAGGAUUCCGUAGACCCCCACCGCUUUUGA